UUUUAGAGAAACAAUCAUUAUUUUUUACUUGUGAAGAAAUGCAUCGGUUCACAGCAGUGCUACUUUUGUUAGUGGUGGCCCUGUACGUCCUGAGCGCAGAAGCCUACAAGUGCAGGUGCACCAGAAAAGGACCAAAGAUCAGAUACAAGGACGUACAGAAGCUGGAGAUCAAACCCAAACACCCGUACUGCCAAGAGAAGAUGAUAUUCGUGACGAUGGAGAAUGUGUCUCGGUUCAAAGGGCAGGAGUACUGUCUCCAUCCUAAACUGCAGAGCACCAAGAACCUGGUCAAAUGGUUCCGAAUCUGGAAGGACAAGCACAGGGUGUACGAAGCCUAAAACACUGGCAACCCAUCACACGAGGAUCAUGAGAGACAAAAAGACGACAACACCACCAGGACUGUUUUUGUGAAGUACAAGAUGUAACCUGCAAACAAACUGUACUUCUCCCUCUUCUGCCUGAGCUCUCUCAAGCACAUUAAGAGAUAUCUACUGUAUAGUUCAUAUAUAAACAGGUGGGCUUGUUUUAGUCAGCCAUCAGUCUAGUCACAGUCACUCACCACUCCUUUACAACUGUAGUUAUACUUGUCAAAUAGUGGACAAGACACCACUGUCUGUGUUCAAACAGUUGUAGGUUUGUUUGGUUAUCAUUUAAAGGGACUUUGCUUUUGGCUUUUAGGCUUCUUUCAAAGUGAAGAAUGUGUUAUUCUGGAGAAAUGGGGAAACCCCCCCUUUUGAAAAAUACAGUCUCAGAUUUUCACUGCUCUGUAUUCAACACGACAUGUUUGAUAUUUGUACAAUGCCAGCAUUUAGCAUCUGGUUGCCUGUGUUUAAGAGGUGGUAGCUGAAACGCAAGGACAGUCAGUCAGUGUGUGGUGACUUAUAAUACAAAAGUUGGUUCUUGCUAUGGUUCAGUCAGAUAGAGGGGAUCCACCACUAUGUGUGUGUGUGUGUGUGUGUGUGUGUGUGUGUGCGCGUGUGCGUGUGGGUGUGUGUGUGUGUGUGUUUACCAUGUCCAUGCUAGUCAUACGUGUCAAACAAGCACACCACUCUGCAGCAAACAUUUUGUAAAAAUAAUAUCU